GCUAACUACAUAAUAAUGGGACUUUGAACUGUUUUCUAUCAAUUAUUGAUGAUAGGUAUGGCACCUAUGCAUUGAUCUGUGCAUGUAAGUGCUUGAAGCAAGGCCCCACCAUAGGUUACCUACCUACCCCGCUACAACCACCCGCUACAUCAUCGCGGGGCGCAUACAGCGAGAUCGCAACAACGCUUACACAUCAAAUCAGAAGCAAUUACCUACCUGCGGAAAAGAACAGCAGUAAAACUAAUCGAAUCCUAUAAAUCUCCAAAAAGACAAUCCAUACCAUCAGGAAGAAAAUACCAUGGCCAGCACAACAUCCAUAACAGAAGAAUCGCUAAAGACCGCCCUGACAGAGCGUCUCAAAGCAACCCAUGUCGAAGUAACCGACAUGUCAGGCGGCUGCGGCCAAUCCUUCACCUCCCUAAUCGUAUCCCCCCUAUUCGCCGGCCAAAGCAGUCUGAAGCGACACCGCGCCGUCAACGCGGCGCUGCGCGACGAGAUCGCCGCCAUCCACGCCUGGAGCGCGAAAUGCCAGACGCCCGAGGAAUGGGAGAAGGCGCGCGCGCCGUCUACGCAGGAGGGUAGCGGCGAGCCGCAUCCACCGCUGGACGGCACGGUGGGGGGUAAGGUGGACGGGGUGAAUGCUUGAAGGAGGAAAGAGGAUGGAUGGAUGAAGGGAAGAAAUGAGAUGAGGAAUGCAGGGAGAAAGGAAAUACCAGUAAUGAGCAAAUAAACGCCGAGCCGAGAGUGGGAGGAUAUGGUAAGGGCAUAUAUCCAGGGGAUGAAUGAAUCGACAGGCAAAAUCUGCCCUGACAAGCUGGAUCUAGGAUUUUCGGGGCCACGGCACAGCAGAGCCGCCCCUACAUACCAAAGGCUACGGGAAUCACAAAAUAGCGCACAGAGAGAGGGAAAUCCAGACACGGAACGAGCGAGACUGCCAAUUCCACAGUUUUUGUAUCUAUAGAUCGGAUUAGGCAUAUCAGCGUUCGGCUCUUCAAUCCCCAUAAUGUUGAACUUGAAGUUAAUUGCAACCACCAUGUAUGUCUUAGGUACGAUAAUAAAACCCGUGUUUUUUCGUUUCCGUCAACGAAAGGGGAAAUACUAUUCGCCUUUUGCUCCAACAAACUGCCCUGCCCUGCCCACCCUUCACGGAGCCAAAAUAUUUAUCCCUGUGUACAUAUACCUCCGUCGAGGCGCCGUGGGUUCUCGUCUACC